AUGUCAGCGCCAUCUCCUUCUGUUGCAACGUCCUCAUCAUCUUCAGCUACAACCAUCAUGAUGACACAUAAAGAACGACUCAAUUUCUUUGGAAACAAGGUUGUCAUGGUCACUGGAGCCAGUGAAGGCCUCGGAUUGCACUGUGUGCAACAUUUGUUUGAAAUGGGAUGCCACAUCAUUCUUGCUUGUCGUUCCCAAUCAAAAACGUUACGAGUGAUGGAAAAUAUUCGUUCCAAAUCUUCAAACAAAUAUGCCAUGAUGGAGUUUCUUCCUCUCGAUCUCAGUGAUUUAAAUUCAGUUAGAAAUUGUGCCAAAUUAUUUCUAGAAAAAGGAAUUCCUCUUCAUGCGUUAGUUUGUAAUGCUGGCGUGUGGCUGAAUGAUUAUUGUGAAACAAAACAAGGACUCGAAAUGACUUAUGGGGUGAACCAUUUAGGACAUUUUCUGUUAGUGAAUUUAUUAUUGGGUAAAUUGAAAGAAAGUGCUCCUUCAAGAGUGGUCAUUGUUAGUUCAAUGGCUCACAAAUAUGGAAAUAUCACACAAUUAUUGAACUGGGCCAAAUCAAAGGAUGAGGCUAAACAACAAUUCUCAACUCAACAAACUUACUCAAAUAGUAAGCUUGCAAAUGUGUUAUUUGCAUAUGGGCUUGCUCGUCGAUUAAAUGAAAAUGCACAAAAACCUCAAUCAGAUGUCAGUGUGGUUGCCGUCCAUCCAGGGGUAGUCAACACCAAGUUAUUUGAUAAUCUUUGGGGAGGUUUUGUUUCUGUGCUUGGAAGUUUAUUUUUCGAGAGCCCUGAGCAUGCAAGUUUGGCUCUUGUUUAUCAUGCCGUUCAUCCUCAAAUUGCAGGACUUACAGGAAUGAAAUACUUUUCGCAAUGGAAAGAACAACAAAGUCUUAAAGAGACCUAUGAACAAAAAUAUCAAGAUGAAUUGUGGGAAAUUAGUACUCAACAAGUUGGAGGUUUGAACAUGUAA